GUUUCGCCAAAGUCACAUGGAUGUGGUUAUCGCGUGUAUUUUCUAGGGUCACUGUACUGUACUGUACUUUUAUGUAAUAAACUCAAUGUAUUCGUGCUUCUCUCGUCUUGACAAACUAAUAAACCGUAUUCCUUUCCGGCGUUUUACUCAUCCGUCCGAUAUUCUCGUGUACGAUUGGUUACUAUCGACCAAUCGAGUUGUUUACUUUAUCUUCGAUGCGGUCGCGUGAUUUUAUCGCUGGCGAUUAGAUCGCCGUCGGUGUUUACGAGUCGCAUUUAACGUAAGCAAAGAGUUGACAAUAAUGGCUAACGUCGCGUCCGUCUUUAAGAGUAACCUAUUCAAUAAAAAGGUGGCCAUCGUCACGGGAGGGGCCACGGGAAUCGGCAGAGUCAUCAGCCGGGAGUUACUAAGUUUGGGAUGUAAGGUGGUGGUGGCAUCUAGAAAAGAAGAGAGACUGUCGCUGAUGGUGGAAGAAACUCGUCGGUGGAUGGAUGCCUCCCCUCCUCCAAUCACUGGCAUCAAGUGUGACGUCAGAAACGAAACUGAGGUUAAGAAAUUAAUUGAAACCACCCUGAAGAAAUAUGGAAAACUUGAUUAUUUAGUCAACAAUGGUGGUGGUCAAUUUUUAUCUCAGGCUUCAGAAAUAAGUAAAAAUGGAUGGGAUGCUGUCGUCAAUACUAAUUUGACAGGCACAUUUCUUAUGUGUAGAGAAGCCUACAAUCAAUGGAUGAAGGAAAACAAAGGUGUUAUUGUCAAUAUUGUUAUGAACAAUUACAGAGGUUCACCUAUGAUGGCGCAUUCAGCAGCAGCCAGAGCCGGAGUUCAGAAUUUAACUAAAUCACUUUCUAUAGAAUGGGCCGAGCAUGGUGUAAGAGUGAAUGCCGUUGCUCCCGGAACCAUAUAUUCAGAAACAGCAGCUAAAAAUUAUCCAGUAAAUGUCUUUGAUGUUGCAAAAGAUAAUUUACCUGCUAAAAGAUGUGGAACACCUGAAGAAAUAUCAGCAGUUGUCUGCUUCCUGUUAUCUCCCGCUGCCUCUUACAUCACAGGGGAAACUAUUUAUGUGGAUGGUGGUGAAAGAUUAUACUCACCUCUUUUCUGGAAAAUAUCAGAGCACCACAAUCUGCCUCCAUUUCCGUCCAAUCUGUAGCAGUCGGGAUAAAUCCAAAUUGUAUUCUGUCUAAUCACAUUGAUUUUCCUCUUCCAUAACUGAUGAUGAAUGUAUGACUAGUUUUGCCAGUUGCCAAAGUCUUUGUAUGAAGUUCCUGAGGCAAAACCUCACUGGAUUAAUUAUGAAAAGCUAAAUUGGUAUACCUCCAAAGUUUAAAGUGGCAAUUCAUUGUAGGAUAAAUUGGCCUCCCCUUUCUGGAAACAUCAGAUUUCAGGCCUGUAGCAAAUCUAAAGGAUACAGCUUCUGAUGGUCUGCUUGCAUUACUUCUCUUGGGAAAGAAGGCCAAAAACUUUAUCUAUUUUAUUGGCUUAAACAUUGAAUCGUCUGAAAGAGAUUGAGUGUUGGCACUCUGUGAACUGAUGGUUAUCUCUGUCAUAAUUGUAAAACAUAGACUAAUAAACAACAUUUGAAAAUCA